AUGGCUUCCGUCAUCAACGAUGAGGCUCCGUCUUACAGGCCGUCAGCGGUUGAGACUUUGAGUCCUGAGGACUUCGAGACUGCCUCAAUUCGCUCAGCGGCUCCCUCUUACACUCUCUGGAUGCUAAACGUCCCACAAGCAUCCGAGGCGCCCUCCUACCACUCGACCGUUAUCCCAAAUGAACCGCUUCCUCCUUAUUCGCCACCUGGAGAAGCGCCCCCUAUGCACACCAUCCUCGAUAGCAAUGUACCAGCUCGGCUGCGGUCAGGAUCCCAGAACUCUUCCUCAAACUCCUCCUCAACUCCACGCUCAACCCCAUCAAUGAGCGUAACCUCUCUCCUUGAUAUCGAUGCACCCCCUCGCCGGUCCUCUGCCCCAACUACACCCCCAACUACCAAUUCAUCCGCGUCAACCUCCCAGGCUCCCCGCCGCUCCAGCACUAACAGCAUGCCAUCGCUCGACCACUUUCGCAUCCCCUCAUGGUCGCCGGCCUCUGCGACCCGCUCCAACCCCAACGCACGCAUUUACCACAAUGUUGCGCUCCGCCGCGCGGCCGCUGCCGCUGCUGCGACCAACAAUAGAAAUAGCAGCUCGGUCGACAAUUUGUCAGAUAGGUUGCGCAGGGCGAUGGUGUUGAGCCGGAUUGCAGAGGAAGAGUCGGGGAGCGAGGGCCACGCACGGGGCUCAGGGGAAGGCCAACGAGCUUUCCGGCCACAGGAGGAUCCGUGGCUUGUCGGCGAGGAAGCCGCUGAGCGGGCGCGGAGGGAGAGAUUGGAGCGGGAGAGAUACCUGGGCGAAGAGGUGUUGUUGAGGGAGGACAGGAAGUGGGAUUGGUUCUUGGCCCAAAUCAGGGAGCGCGAAGAGCAGGAAAAGGUCUGGCGCCGUCUGCGUCAGGAAAUGGGUCGUCGGCCAAACAAUCGAUUCGCUUUCCUGAUUGGUUCCCGGUUCUAA